AGAUUCUUCCCCUUAUAGCAGCAGCCUUCGUAUAAAUCUCUCUUAAACCCUAGUUCCAUUUGGGCAUACAUUCCACUUUAGUGAAACCCGUUUUAGGUUAAGUAAUAAACACUUCAGGAACCCCAAUUUAGAAAUCUCUGUCUUCUUCUCCUAUUCAAUUCUCUUUCCGGUGUAAUCAAUUUCUAUCAGUAGUACUUUGUUCAGUAAAAGGUUAGAAGAAGAUAUGACAGAAACUAGUAUGCAAAUUGAUUCUUCAAGUCAGAAUCCUCGAAUUACCUGGGAGGGUUGUAGUGUCUUGCUUGACAUUAAUGAUGGAGAUCGUCUUGUCUUUGCUCGUCUCAAUGCUGGCUCGACUCUCAAAAUUGGAGAUAAGAAGUGCUCAUUACAACCCUUGAUUGGUUGCCCAUUUGGUUCUAUGUUUCAAGUUGAAGUUGCGCAGAAAGGGCCGCAUCUUUGUCGUAUUUUUGCUGCUGAUGCAGAUGAUCAGACUGCUCUGCUCCAAGAGAAAGAAGAAAUUCAACAGAAUGAGCUCAAAGACAAUAGAGCAUUAGUUGAUGAUAACACUGCCCAAACUCUUUCUUUUGAAGAUAUAAAUGCAAUGAAAAGAGAGGGUGCAGCAGGAUGUCAAAUAGUUGAUGCUCUUAUAGCCAAUAGCUCAACAUAUAUGACAAAAACAGCAUUUUCACAAGAGAAGUAUAAGCUUAAGAAACAAAAGAAAUAUGCGCCCAAGGUACUUCUUAGGCGUCCUUUCACUCGAAGUAUAUCGGAGGCAUACUUCAAAAAAUAUCCGGCUAGAGUUGGGUUCUUGAGGAUGGACGUUCUCUCUCUUCUACUCUCCAUGGCUAAUGUUAGUGCAUAUUCUGAUGUCCUAGUGGUGGAUAUGGUCGGGGGUAUUCUUACUGGUGCUGUGGCAGAACGUUUAGGAGGUACUGGCCAUGUAUGUAAUACAUACUUUGGUGUCACACCAUACCCGAUGGAAAUUGUAAGGAUAUUCAACUUCAACAAUGAAAUUUGCAGAAGGAUCGUCAGAUUUCCUUUCUCUGAUCUCAGUUUACCUGAAAUUAAUGAUCCUGGACAUUCCGAAGUAGUUGAAAAUACAAUGUCCACAGAAAUGCUGUCAAAUUCGGAUGAAGCUGCCUUGUCAACAACACCUGCUCCAUCUAGUGGUAGCUUACCUAAAUCUGAAGAACAAAUAAUUCAACAGGCGGAAGAUCCAGUUAAUAAUGAAGAACCUGCUCCUUCCAUUGAUGAGAAUAGUGCAUCUUUAGUUGUCAAUGCUGGAAAAUCUCAACAACCCGGCAAGAAAGCAACGAAAGAAGCCAUCACUUGUUGGAAACAAAAUGGGUUUUCUAGCUUAAUAAUUGCUGCCCCGGAUCUUGAUCCUUGGACUGUGGUUCAAGAACUUCUGCCACGUUUAUCAUAUUCAGCUCCUUUUGCUAUUUAUCAUCAAUAUCUUCAGCCUCUUGCAUCAUGCAUGCAUAAUUUACAAACUGCUAGAAUGGCAAUUGGUCUACAGAUAUCAGAACCUUGGUUGCGUGAAUAUCAGGUCCUUCCCUCCAGAACGCAUCCGUGCAUGCAGAUGAGUGGUUUUGGUGGAUACAUCUUAAAUGGGAUAAGGAUUUGUAACAAUGAAGUGAGUAUUAAACCAAGUAGUGUUUAAAUUCUAUACUCCCAUCUUGAUUAGGAUAUGCAGAAUCUGUUUUAUACUACCCUUAGAAGGCCACAAUUGUAUCAUGAGGGGAGCGAUAAACUACGAGAAAAUUGUUUAUUUAUUGGUGUAAACUAGCGUUUUAUGUGAAAAUAAUCCUCAAAAUCGAUUCCAUUUUCUAUUAUGGAAUGGCAUUAUGAAAUAA